GUCAGCCGCCCCUAAAAUUAUCAAAAUUUUGUUUUUAAUGUUCAGAAGGAGGAAGUGAUUUUUUUUUUUUCGUUUACGACCUACGGCUUUUGGCCGAGUUUGGUGAAACGUCUUUCAAUCGUAUCUAGAGAAAUUUACAAAAUUUGAAACGACCAGUUUUAAAAUCUACAUCAUGGCGAGCGUUUACAACGUUGGCGAAAAAUCGAUGCGUGAUGAGCUAGAAAAGGAUGAUGAAUCCGAGCAAGAAGCAACUGAAGAAGAAACUAGCGCUUACCUUGAUUUCCAAGAGGGUGUGCAAGAUACCCUGAAAAGCAUUACUUCGGAAUGGAUGUGGGAAGACGAGGAAACAUUGAAAAACACCUGUAAUCUAUGGGAAUAUUUGGAGAAGCAGCCCAGACCUACAGAAGAGGAAGAGAAGAAUAUGCCUGUAAGAGAUAACAGCAUCUAUUUUCCAUAUGGACAAAUCGAACCGAUUGAAGGAAAUCUCGGCCAACGAAGUGAAUAUUUGCCACUGGUAUUCUCUACGAUAUUGCCGUCACCAUUUACAUUGUAUCGUUGUAUUUCGUUCAGUGCUCGGGCCAAGUAUAUGGAAACAUAUCAAUCGAGGUUACGUGUUCUCAUCUACAACAACAGAUACAAACUGAAAUUUGUUUGCGAUAUUGGGUUUCGAUUUGUGUCCAUGGACCUGCAACAACCGCCGCCUGAAAACGAGCUUGAAGAAACUACAAUCGUCCACUCCACUGUCAAGGAAUACAAUAUGUCAAUAAUGGUCGGACCUAACCGAUUCCACUACACAAUGGACAAUGAAGUUGAUAGCGUUCCCUUCGACGUGCACCCGGCUCCAUUGGUAUUUCCUGGGGACUACCUGGAGAUUCGAGGAACCAUCGAUUUCGUCUCGCAAUUUCAUUGUCGAAGCGUGUUUCCGUUGGUGUGGCCCCCACAGCAGAGCCGCCAUAAUAUGGACAUCUUUGACGCAUAUUUCCAUUACACGAUUGGGUUACACGUAGUGCCUGGACAUUGUUUUAUCUUCAAUUUUGUUCCUUUUAAUGAAGCGAAUGGAGGUGUUGGUUUCCAAUUGAAAUCCGGACCGUAUAGGCAGACGCCGUUGUCUUUGUUUGGCUAUUUUGAAUCGCCUAAACCGGUGGAAAUUCGAGCGACCAAUGAUAACUUUGAGUACGAACAACCGAAAUAUGGUCCAUAUUUUCCGUUCGACUUCAACAAAGAAAAUCGUGUGGCAAUUCUUAUGGGAAGAACCGAAUUUCAGAUUGCAAUCAACGGUAAAUUCUACAUAGACUAUCCCUACCUGCAAUCUGACCUACCAGGAAGUAUAACCGAUUUGAAAAUCAACUGCGACAAAGGAAUCCUUGUGCACUGCAAAAAGUUCGAUAACUCAUUUAUUCCAGAUUAUGUGAAGGGCAGGACCCAACUUGUCAACUUUUCCAAAUUUGAAACUGAAUUCGACAGAGAUUUUUACAGAACCUACUAUCCGAAGCCCUUUUAAGGACGAAUUGAAUUUAUAUUCUGAAUAGGGGCAGGUCUCUGGUAUAUUUUAUUUAGCGUUCGAUCGAGUUGUAAGAGUCAAAAGAUUUGGAAGUCAAGUUUUAGUAAAGCA